UCUACAGUCUACACACGGACUCGACUGUUUGCAACACGCCAGGUGACGCCGUGAGUCGUGACGAAUAAAGUAUGGCCUUCAUACAGCAAACAAAAAAGAAGUGUCGGCAAUAUAAUGUGGAAUAUCUGAAAUAUGGAUUUAUCCCAGCACCACACAACCAACAACAACCAAUGUGUCUACUGUGUGAAAAAGUGUUUUCAAAUGAAGCUAUGAAACCUUCAAGGCUUGUGGAACAUUUGAAGAGAAUGCACUCUGAUAAAGCAGACAAAAACUUAACAUAUUUUCAGUUACUUCAAGACAAAGUUCAGAAGCGCACAAUCUUUGGAAAUAUGUUUGCCAGUAGUUUACAGCGAUCUACCGAUGGUUUGCGAGCAUCAUACAACAUCUCUUUGCUGAUUGCUAGAUCUGCUAAGCCUCAUACAAUUGGGGAAGAGCUUAUUCUACCAGCAAUAAGAGAGGUUCUACACACAGUUCUACAUGAGUCACCUGACCAAAUUAUAAAAGCUAUUCCUCUUAGUGAUACCUGUGUUCAGGGAAGAAUAGAUGAAAUGGCUGAAAAUAUUGAAGAAACAUUGUGUAACAUGCUUAGGAAAACAGAAUUUAGUUUACUGUUAGAAGAGUCCACUCUGCCAGGCAAUGAAUCAUUGCUUCUUGCUUAUGUUCGUUUCAUCAAAGAUGAAAGCUUGGUUCAAGAGCUGUUAUUUGCAAGACAACUUGAGACAGAAACAAAAGGGGAGUCUGUAUUUCAUGUUGUUGAUGAUUUUUUCAAAGAAAAAGACGUCCCACUUUCCAACAUUCUUGCUUGUGCAGCGGAUGGGGCACCAUCAAUGGUAGGUCGUCAUUGUGGCUUCAUUUAUUUCUUGAAAAAAGCUGUACCUGGAGUGCUUACAGUGCACUGUGUAAUCCACAGGCAGCAUCUGGUUGCAAAAAACCUGAGUGGUAGACUGCACAAAUCAAUGAGUGCUUUUAUCACAGCAAUAAAUUAUAUCAAGGUACAUGCCCCCAAUUCCCGACUGUUUCGUCAGCUGUGCACUGAUAAUGAUGAAGAGUUUGAACGUUUAUUUUUGCACACAGAAGUUAGAUGGCUGUCAAAGGGAAAUUGCCUGGGACGUUUCUAUUCACUGUUUGAUACAGUUGUUGAAUUCUUCUAUGACUCCAAUCCUGUUCUGUGUGAUGAACUAAGAAACAUGAAGCACGAUAUUGCUUAUUUGGCAGAUAUAUUCACAAAGUUCAAUGAAAUUAAUUUGCAGCUGCAAGGAAAUGAGUCUAAUCUAAUUAAAGUCAAAUCGGCUAUCUCCACCUUCCUGACCAAGUUACAGUUAUUCAAACGAAACAUAGCUAGCCAUGCACUCUACCAGUUCCCAAGCCUCUCUGAAUUGGAUAAGGAAAAAGGCAUAGCAGACGAUGACCUUCAAGUGUAUUGUACACACCUGGAUGAACUGCAUAGAGACAUGUCUGAGAGAUUCGAGGACAUUUUAUUGCUUGAAAUACCAGAUUGGGUGAUUAAUCCAUUCCUAAAUGUCGACGGUGAAGAAACUGGAGUGGCAGAGGAAGAACUGAUUUCAAUUCAAAAUGACAUUGAGCUAAGGCCAAAGUUCAAGAAGUCAUAUCAAGAUUUUUGGUUACAAAAAAAAAUCUCUGACUGCUAUAAAGUGCUGUGGAACAGGGUCAAGAUGUACUUUAUUGCCUUCCCAACAUCAUAUUUAGUAGAACGGGGCUCCAGUGCAGUCGCCUUGCUUCUUUCCAAGCAAAGAAACCGACUGAAAAUUACUGAUCGCGGGGAUCUACGACUUAUUCUUAGUGAGUUCCAGCCUGAUGUUGAGAAGCUUAUAUCCCAGCACCAAGCACAUCCAUCCCAUGCUCUAGACUUCCUUCAACUGGACUGGGCGCCUAAGACAUCCGAAGGCUCCAACAUAUAAUAUUGUAUCAUUAUAACCUUUUACUUAAAGACGAAUAUAAUCAUCAAUAAUAAUAUGCUAUUAUAAUACUAUAAUGCCGCUGUUCCUCAAUAUCCUACACGCUACAACCAAACCAACCCUCAGGUCUUACUUAACAUAAGAUGUGCACAGAAAGCAACAUCUAACAGUGCACCAGUAUCCAAUAACUGAUCUAUAUUUUAAUGACUUUUUGUGUGUUAAAUAUUUCAAACACUCUAUAUAGACGCAUGAUAUUUUGUCGCAUUGUUGACUGUGCACUUGCACUGGAUUUUUCCCAGGACCUGCAGCAGUUAUUGCAGCAUUUGCGUGCAAAUAAAGAGAGCGGCGGGAGUGUGGGGCUUUGUUUCAUGUAUACCGUUGAGGACGAAGACUCAAUUGCGACGCACGGGCCAAAGACGCUUUUGAGCUGAGGAGCGUACAGAGAACAGGACCCUCUUUGGGUGAAUGAAUCGCUAUCAAUGGAGAAAGUCUCUGCGAACAAACUUCUGGAGAAUGGGCUUUCAAAUUAUUAUUUCCCA